ACUGAUCUUACGACUCCUUUUUGUCUCCUUUAUGAGAACACGUCUGCUUAUAUUCUGGAGUCAGUGAGAUAACAGCUUCUUCACUUUUCAAUUCCAUCCUUCAUUGACUCUUGUUUUGUUGUCGUCGUUGUUUAAUCAAGCUUUCCUUCAUCGCAUUCUCUUUUUUUUCCCCGUCCAAGAAACGAAAAUCCACUCCCCCUUUAUUACGACCUUACCACGACUUUCAAGAACGAACAAUCGCAACGAUCACAACAAUGGCUCCUGCAAAGUUGGAAAAGGAAGACCACAAGCGCGAUGCUGAGUUUGCCAAGGCUAUGCACGGCAAGUCGGCGCAAAAUGCAGGUGGUUUCGCUGCUAUGCGCGCCAAAGAUACCAAAGCGCAGCAAGUUGCGGUUGAUGAAUAUUUCAAGCAUUGGGACAAUAAGACUGCCGCUGAAGAGACGGAAGCCACCCGCGAGUCUCGACGAGCUGAAUAUGCUACAUUAACACGCCAUUACUACAACCUCGCGACAGACUUGUACGAAUACGGAUGGGGUAGCUCCUUCCAUUUCUGCCGUUUCGCAUACGGCGAACCUUUCCACCAGGCUAUUGCUCGUCACGAACACUAUCUCGCUCACUGCAUGGGCCUCAAGGAAGGCAUGAAAGUGCUCGAUGUCGGUUGCGGUGUCGGCGGUCCCGCCCGUGAGAUGGUCAAAUUCGCUGGUGUCAAUGUCGUCGGUUUCAACAAUAACGACUACCAAAUUCAACGCGCCACUCGAUACGCUGAACGCGAGGGCCUCUCAGAUAAACUCACUUUCCAAAAGGGUGACUUUAUGCAAAUGCCGUUCCCCGACAAUAGCUUCGACGCCGUCUAUGCCAUCGAGGCCACUGUGCACGCCCCCAGUCUGGAAGGUGUCUACAGCGAAAUCCGUCGUGUAUUGAAGCCCGGUGGUAUCUUUGGUGUAUACGAAUGGUUGAUGACCGAUGAAUACGACAACGAUAACCAAGAACACCGUGAAAUCAGACUGGGUAUUGAGCAGGGAAAUGGGAUUUCCAACAUGGUCAAGGUCUCCGAGGGUCUAGACGCUAUCAAGGCCGCCGGAUUUGAGUUGUUGCAUCAUGAGGAUCUUGCUGAUCGUCCCGAUCCUAUCCCAUGGUAUUAUCCUCUUGCCGGUGAAUUCAAGCAUAUGCAAACACCAUGGGAUUUCCUGACUGUGUUGCGUAUGACUCGUAUCGGCCGUGGGGCCAUGCACCGAUUAAUGGGCGCUAUGGAGAAAGUCUGGCUUCUCCCUCGAGGCACUCAAAAGACCGCUGAUAGUCUCGCUCUUGCAGCUGAUUGUUUGGUUGCUGGUGGUGAGAAGAAGCUUUUCACACCGAUGUACUUGAUGGUUGGCCGGAAACCCGAGUAGUCUCAUUCCCGCUUUUCUCUUCACCUCUUUUUAUUUCUUAUAAUGUAUUUUUCCUAUGUUGCUUCCUUUGUCUUCCCUACGUCAUUAAUGUUUGUGUAUGUGUUUAUGGCAAAUUUUCUUUUUUUUUUUAUAUAUUUUCAUUGAUUUGUCAAGAAAAGGGAUUGCAUCAGAGGAGACCAUGGACAAAAAAGAACGGAUAAUAUUUUACUUAAUAUCAUUGACUAUGACAUUACUACAUGCUUUAUACUAACUUAUAUACAUGUAUUUUAGACGAGUUUUUCGACCUAUUCUUGCGUUCUUCACGAAUGGGUUACAGGAUUUGCCCAGGCCUCCGGCGUCACUGGUCACUUCUUCUUUUACCAUCCUUGUAAGCAAUUAUUCAGGAUUGGCCUGGAGUUAACUCAUCAAUCUGACAAAUUACCGGUUGUCG